GAUAUUCCGUUUUCUAGGUAGCUACGUAAGUAAUACAAAUGGCGACUGUCCAAAAGGACAAGAAGGCUGGACCGCCGGUGGCUGCCCUUGCUGCCGUGGGAGUGCUUGCCGUCGCUGGUCUGGGCGCCGCUGCCGCUUUACUGCUUUCUGGCAAGGGAUCUAGCAAUGCAAAGCCUGCCGUCAGCAAAGCGAAGAAGCAAGUCCUCACAAAGUCUGCCAGCCGCUCUGGCAACGCUCCGACGCCGCGGAAGUCGCUGUCCAAGCCCGCUGCCGGAACUCCCACACGUGCGGCCGCGGCGAGCACAGCGUCACCCCGCAUGGCACCCGCUUCCACCCCGUCUGCUCGUGCUGGACUCCCAACGGCUUCCCCAACGAAGUCGGUGCCGGCAGCUGCACCCGUCGCUGCACCACCAGUCACUGCGCCUCCGGCGCCCGCACCCGCUGCUGCCGCUGCCCCGGUGACUGCAAUCAGCCGCAGUGCCCCUGUGCCCGAGGCUGCCACUGUCGCUGCUGCCCCCGCAGCGGCGGCUGCAGUGGCGAAGCCUGCUGCGAACGGCCCGGCGGUGAUGGAGCGCAGUGCACCAGCACCGGCUGCCUCUAGCGCGGCUGCGGCUGAGAAGGCCGCGGCUGAGAAGGCGGCCGCGGAGAAGGCUGCGGCUGAUAAUGCGGCCGCGGAGAAGGCUGCGGCUGAGAAGGCGGCUGCGGAGAAGGCGGCUGCGGAGAAGGCGGCUGCGGAGAAGGCUGCGGCUGACAAGGCUGCGGCUGAGAAGGCGGCCGCGGAGAAGGCUGCGGCUGAGAAGGCGGCCGCGGAGAAGGCUGCGGCUGAGAAGGCUGCGGCUGAGAAGGCUGCGGCUGAGAAGGCUGCGGCUGAGAAGGCUGCGGCUGAGAAGGCUGCGGCUGAGAAGGCUGCGGCUGAGAAGGCGGCAGCGGAGAAGGCUGCGGCUGAGAAGGCUGCGGCUGACAAGGCUGCGGCUGAGAAGGCAGCGGCUGAGAUGGCUGCGGCUGAGAAGGCAGCGGCUGAGAAGGCUGCGGCUGAGAAGGCUGCGGCUGAGAAGGCGGCCGCAGAGCAGGCUGCGGCUGAGAAGGCUGCGGCUGAGAAGGCGGCAGCGGAGAAGGCGGCAGCGGAGAAGGCUGCGGCUGACAAGGGUACGGCCGACAAGGCGGUAGCCGACGAGGCGGCCGCUGACAAGGCGACAGCGGAGCAGGCGGCAGCGGAGAAGGCGGCAGCGGAGAAGGCUGCAGCAGAGAAGGCUGCAGCAGAGAAGGCGGCAGCAGAGAAGGCGACAGCGGAGAAGGCGGCAGCAGAGAAGGCGGCCGCUGAUAAGGUGGCAGCGGAGAAGGCGGCAGCGGAGCAGGCAGUCGCGGCGACGAAGGCGGCUACCGAUAAGGCGGCUGCCGACAAGGCGGCAGCGGAGAAGGGGAAGGCAACGGAACAGAAGAGCAGGGCUGCCCCGGCUGCCGCUGCCACCGCGGCUGCGGACGACGAGCUGGUGGCCUCUGCGCUGGCGGUGGAGGUGGACGAGGCGCCGGCAGCCCAUGGAGAUACCGCAGUGGCGGAGGCGGAGGCGGAUGCCGAGGCGGUGGUGGAGGGCGAGGCGGAAGCUCAGACGGAGGCUGAGGCCGAGGCGGAGCAGCUGCUUGUGGCCGCCACCACGGCCUGGAAUGUGCAGGGCAACCGGGUGGUGGGAGUGAAGCACGCGCGCAAGGCGCUGGAUGUGCUCAAGGCCGGGCCGCACAAGGCCAAAUUCCGCUCCGAGGUGGCCUCGUCCCUGGCCGACAUGCUGUACGCGCUCAACCGCUGGGACGAGGCGCUGGAGGCGGUGGGCGAGGCCAUGACGGCGGCGCGCGAGGCGCACGAAUGGGCGCUGGCCGUUAAGCUCAGCAACAACAUGGGCGCUGUGUACAAGAAGCUGGGCAGGGCCGCUGAUGCCGAGGCCCUGCACCGCGACUGCUACCAGCUGGCGGUGCGCGAGCUGGGCGUGGCGCACCCGUUGGCGCUGCUGGCGCGCUCCAACUUGACGGAGGCGCUCAUGCGGCUGAGCGCCGCCUCACCCGCGGCUGGCCAGGAGGGUGCGGCCGAGCAGCAGCCGGCGGCCGCGGCGGAGGGCGGCGGCAAGGACAGUGCGGAGGACAAGGCGGCCCGCAACGAGGCCCGUGUGCUGCUCAAGGACGCACUGGCUCAGCUGGAGGCGGAGGCAUCGACGCAGGAGGCCACAGUGGCUGCGGGGCCCAGCGCGGCCGAGGCGGCGGCCGAGGCGGCCAGCCAGCCUGCCGCAUCGGACUCCGCGCCUAAGCCCAACCCCGGCGAGACGCCCGCCGCGGCUCUGCUGCGGCGCACUCGCACCGCCAUCAUGCGGACAUACAUCGAGCUGGGCCGGCUGGAGAUGGUGGCGGGCGAGGACAAGGUGGCCGCCGAGGCCGCCUACCGCUCCGCUCUGGUGCUGUGCGAGACCGUGUACGGCGCCGACAGCCGUGAGAGCCAGGGCCCGGCCUUCAGCCUAGCCAACUGCCUGCGCAGCAUUGACAAGAAGGACGAGGCCAAGGCUCUGUACGAGAAGCUGUACGCGGCCAUCCAGGCGCGCAACGGCCAGGGCGAGGAGACCGCCGUGCACCUGGGCCGAUACCUGGCGGACAUGGCGGAGGAGGCUGGCGACUGGGCGGCGGUGGACAAGUACGCCUCCUCGGCGCUGAACUCCAUGACGCUGCUCAUCGGCACCAAGGCGCACCCCGUGCUGGAGUCGUUUGUGCAAGCCGCCUGCCGCGCAAAAGUCAACAACGGCGACGCGGCCGGCGCAGAGACCCUGCGCCGCCAGUUUCUCAGCGCCAUGCUGCGGCUACAGCAGCAGGCGCAGCGCACCGGCCGCGGCAUGGGCGCGCCGUCUGGAGCCGUGCCUGCCGCAGCGGGCCGCGGCAAGAAGGGCCGCAAGUAGUGCGAUUGGUGUACUAACCUACAGUUGGUUUCGGGCGACUUUGCAGUAUACGUGUCUAGUUACAUUGUAGCUGUGGACGCGUAUCAGGAGAGGCCAACGCGCUCCACGUGUGGGCGACAGACGGCGAGAGCAGGCGCGAGCAGGCGAGGUGCAAUAGGCGAAGGAGUGUGCGAUGGGCGUGUGAUGGGACAGGGUUCAGGCAGGUUGGCGAGGUCCCAUAGGGUGCAGCUGACGCCCAUACCCCAAGCAGACAGCAAACAGUUUGCAGCGGCAGAGCAGGAGUGCAUGGCUGGUCGAACGCCGGAGUUACUGUACCGACACGUUGCUGGCUGGCUGGAAGUUUGCUGAUGCGCAUUCCUCACGCUCCGGGCGCCCGGCGAUAGCACCACACAGACACACCGCAACGCCACACUCGCUGCGUGUCUGGACCUACGGGGACUGUUCAGGUCGUCUAGAUGGUCGCCACGCGGCUGCUCGUAGAAGGCUAAGUGCUUAGCAAGGCGGGACAGUGUGCGAUGGGCCAGUGUUCAGGAUCCGCCUUUUACAGU